UUUUAAUAAUCAACCUGCCCCCUUGUGCAUGUUUCGAUUCCGUUCCUUAUUCAAAAUGGCUGAAGAAACCAUCGCAAAGAAGAUCAAGACCUCGUCCCCCUUGAUCGGGACUCACAACGGCCACUUCCACGCCGAUGAAGCUCUCGCAGUCUACCUUCUCCGUCUCCUCCCCACCUACAGUGCCUCCCCUCUGAUCCGGACGCGGGAUCCGGCCCAGCUGGCAACAUGCCACACGGUAGUUGACGUGGGCGGCGAAUAUGACCCGGCGACGAACCGCUACGACCACCACCAGCGGACAUUCGCAACGACGUUCCCGGAGCACAGCACGAAGCUUUCAUCCGCGGGGCUGGUAUACAUGCACUUCGGACGGGCGAUCAUCGCGCAGCGCACUUCCCUCCCACAGGACCACGAGGACGUGACGCUGCUGUACGAGAAGCUGUACAACGACUUCAUCGAGGCGAUCGACGCCAACGACAACGGGGUGGCGGUGUACGAGCCGGAGGCGAUCGCGGCGGCGGGGCUGAAGAAGCGGUUCCGGGAUGGCGGGAUCACGAUCGCGUCCGUGGUCGGCGACAUGAACAACCCGGACCCGACCAGCCCGCCGGGCGAGCCGCAGGACGAGGACAGCCUGUUCGGCCGCGCCAGCACUUUCAUCGGCAACGUCUUCACGCGCAAGCUGCACCACGCCGUCUCGUCGUGGCUGCCGGCCCGCACCACCGUCGGCACCGCCUACCGCGCCCGCCGCGAUGUUCACCCCUCCGGCCGCAUCAUCGUGCUGCCCCAGGGCGGCGUGCCCUGGAAGGAGCACCUGUACAACUUCGAGCAGGCCGAGGGUUCCUCCGGUGAGGAGCAGACCUACUACGUGCUUUACCCCGAGAGCGCCUCCGAGGGCUCCAAGUGGCGCGUGCAGUGCGUCUCCGAGAGCGAGGGCAGCUUCGUGUCGCGCAAGCCUUUGCCUGAGGCGUGGCGCGGGGUCCGCGACGCCGACCUCGACGGCGUCAUGGCUGCUGAGGCUGAUAAGGCCGGCCAGCCUCGCAUCCCUGAGGGCGCUGUCUUCGUUCACGCCAGCGGCUUCAUCGGUGGUCACCAGACCAAGGAGGGUGCUUUGGCCAUGGCGAUCCGUGGUCUGGAGUAAUAGACUGGUUGACGAUGGGAUGGGUCCUGUCCAGGUAAUGACUGGUAGCUGAAGUAAGACUUGCAUAACAUGUUGAUCUAAUGACGUUUGAUCCGGGUAUUGAUGAG